AUGAUGCCCGCAAGACUUGGGUUCAAAGGAUUCUUAGUUCAAGAACUAACACAGAAGGAACCGGAACUAAUUAUAGGAAAGAGCACACUUGCUUUACAACAGCAUUUAUUUUGGACUCUUCCUGCAGGUAGGGUAACUCAGCUUGAGUCUGCGCGAACUUUUAAGUGAGAGGGCGGGAGCCAGGGGUCUGUUUUCGAAAAAUGCUAUAUAACGUUUCGUACACGACGUUAAUAAUUGAUCAUUAGUAUUUAUCGUCACAGUAUUUUCAACCCGAAUCUAUCUGUAAGUAUUAAAGAAUAAAAUAUAUCCAACAAUGUGUCUAGACUAUGGAGAAAGAAGUUCAUUCUGGUCAGAUUCUGGGAACAUUUCUACCGCAGAAAUGUUUGAGACCGUGAAUGAUGAAGUUCUUGCAACGUUCAUGGCGUGGAUCCGGCUUAGAACUGAGAGGACUUAACUUUCUUUCCUGAGAUGCUGUUCAUUUAAAGUACAAAAACGUUGAAAAUCCUUACGUAUUACCUUUCAAAUGUUAAGAAGUAUAACUUUAUUUCUUCAGCAUUUUACUGAAUCAAAUUUUGUAUUUUCUUUGAAGUUUUCCGCCGACACUACUCUAAACGGUUUCUCCGUUUUCUUUCAGACUGGUUGAAGGAAAAGAUGUUGCAAGCAUACUUUAACAAAGUUCUAAAGGAGGAAAUAAGCCCCGGAGUAAUCAGCGCAGUAACCCCUGCUAAACAACCACAACAACAACUUCAACAAAAUCUACCAGAACCACUGAAACUACUGGGGCAAAAAGCCAUACAAAACUUACCCCCAAAGAAACCGAUUUCAGUUAGCGGUAGACGAAAACGUUACGCUUAUGAGAGUACAUCCUAUCCUUGGAACGACAUCCUUGCCGCACAGUUAAACAACAACUGCUACAACUAUGCAAAUAACAAAGCCACUUAUACCUUCGCCCAGCCGGGGAGGGGGAGUGGGGUCAGGUGCCAGUAUCAAUUCCCUGACUGUAUGAGAAAUGCAGCGAUAAACGAUCAUUUGGAAACUUUGGAUCUGCCCCCCGCCGCACCUCUACCGCCGGUUCCGAGUGGGAAAAAACAUCUAGUGGCACUUGUCAUUAACCCAGGUAAAAAAAAUAGAAUUACUUUCUCGUACAUAGGGUAUAAAAUGUGGCAGACGCUCAUAUAAACCCUUUGAACACGGCGGAAACGCAUAGCGAAGCCCUAAGAAGGUAUACAUGGAAGCCUACUAUACUGUCUGGUACUGUUGUCAAGGUUCAAGGCACUUUGGUAUGAAACAAUGGCAGAAACUUAAAGAUGUCAUGGCUGCUAUAAAUGCCUGCGCACUGUAAAAUUAAAAAGCGAAAAAGAAAAAAAAAAGCGAUUUUAGCCUGUGUACAGCAUCACCUUCCCCUCAAACAAAAUAGGGGCGAUUUUGUUUGAGCUGAGAGGCGGCUGUAUACAGACUACGCGAUUUUCGAAUCAGUUUUGUGCGAUAAAAACAUCUUUUCUCUUCCUUGAAAAAAAAAAAUCACUUGCUUUCGAACAUAUAUUUCUACGGCGGCCCGUAAUGGUAUAAGUCGAGAUAUCAUACCAUGUAUAAACCUUACGGGCAACCGCACCGAAAAUUUUCUUCUCGGAGGAGGACCCCCUAAUGAGUUUGAAAAAAAAAUGCAUAAGCGGAGUAUUUUCUGAGAAACUUAACACGACAUUCCGGUGUCGAUUAAAACAUAGGGUGUCGUCAAGACAAUAAACACAAUUUUCCUAGAAACUCAAUUAUUUUCCUUCUUCUUUAGGUGUCGAUUUUCACUGGUAUCGUCUAGAUCAGCUAGGUAUUUGGAGCCACAAGCCCGGAACGACACAAGCUACCAUCUUUGAUAAUGGUGGAGCCAUCAUUUUUGACCCAAGAGUGGCUAAUCGGGGAGGUUACACGACCUUUGCUUGUUUCAUGCACAGUGACAGGGAUGAAGUAACAAUUGCUUAA